UGCUUCGGGCUCUGGCCGAGCGCUCGGUUCCACCAGCGCUCAGUUCCGCACGGUCCGCAGCUCAGAGUCCAGGAACUGGGGAGCCAGCGUCGGGUCCCGACUUGCAGGACUAAGGGCUGCCAGAGAAGGCGAACAAAUAGUCCCCAGCGCCUCCUCCGGCCGCGGUCGGGCCCGCGGUCCCAACCGUCACCAGUCGGGCCGGGCCGGGCCAGGCCGAGCCAGGCGCGUAGACCUGGGCCUUCGGGCUCUAAUUGCGGCGCUUAUGUUGAUGAUAAUUUUUUUUUUAAAUCACAGCAGCCCCCAGUUUAGCGGACUGAUUUACUCCCGGUAUUGGUAAAUAUGAUCACGUGGGCCGCGCGACCAAUGGUGGAAGCUGCAGCCUGCGAACUAGUCGGCGUCUCCGGCGCCGGCGGGGAGCGGCUCGGCGGCGGGCAGUGUAACCUUGGGUGGGAGCGCGCAGCGCCUCAAAAUGUCCUCCAGUGGCACCCUCAGCAACUACUACGUGGACUCGCUCAUAGGCCAUGAGGGCGACGAGGUGUUCGCGGCGCGCUUCGGGCCGCCGGGGCCAGGCGCUCAGGGCCGGCCUGCAGGUGUGGCCGACAGCCCGGCCGCCGCCGCCGAGCCCUCGGCUUGCAGCGACCACCCGAGUCCGGGCUGCCCACUGAAGGAGGAGGAGAAGCAGCAUCCGCAGCCACCGCAGCAGCAACUUGACCCAAACAACCCCGCAGCAAACUGGAUCCACGCUCGCUCCACCCGGAAAAAGCGCUGCCCAUAUACCAAGUACCAGACGCUGGAGCUGGAGAAAGAAUUCCUCUUCAACAUGUACCUCACUCGGGAUCGGCGCUACGAGGUGGCCAGAAUUCUGAACCUCACAGAGAGACAGGUCAAAAUCUGGUUCCAGAACCGCAGGAUGAAAAUGAAAAAGAUGAGCAAGGAGAAAUGCCCCAAAGGAGACUGACCCGGCACGGGGUUGGCGGGAGCGCUCAGAGGCAGCGGGGAUUUUUGGUUUUUAUUUUCCCCUUCUUUGUGGGUGCUUGAUUCCAGAAACUCCAGCGUCUCGGACUUUUUCCUUUUUUAGGUAGAAGUGACUGUGUGGUUGGUCUCUGUGAGGUAUUUGGGGGACUCUGUAUUUGCUCGCUUAUGUGUUGGAGAAACCAAGUGGCUUUGGGGUUUCGCCCUGUCCCACUCCCUUCCUUUCCUGCUCCAUUGGUUCUUUAGGAAAUGCUCUAUUUUGUUGAGUGCACGCUGGCUUGAGGAGCUCUUUCCUGUGUAAAUGUCCCCCAUGUUUCUGAAAAGUGCUGUAGUUUAGCCCCCCAGCGCUGUCCAAACAGGGGCCAAGUGUGCCCCAAUUCCGAGAAUGAAGGCAGAGCGCCGCCAGUGCGGACACCGGCUGCUAGCCCAGGCCUAAACCCAGUCGGGUUUCCCACCAGUUGCAAAAGCCCCCUUUCCUCAGGGAACCCGCGGGCCCUGGCCAAAAUCUCGAGUGAGGCCUAGAGAGGAGUCCGGGGCCUCGGGUGGGUCGGGGUUGGUUCUCGUGCAUUGGAGGAGCUGCUGUCUCCUCAGAAGGGCUGUGCUCGCGUGGGCGGGCACGGGUG